UUCAAUGCUGUUGGAUUUUGUAUGUGUUUAUGCCUUCGUUGGGUUACAAGGUUUGAAAUGAUGUUUGCUGUUUUAUCUCAUUUUCCUAGGUCGUUCUGGUCAAGGAGUUGAUGUCUUGUGCGGGAGACGGACAGAUGUGGCUGUCGUCACUGAUGUGACGUUUUCGUUUCGGGAGCCUCCUUCUAAGUCCAGGAGGACAGUAGCGGACAUAAAGAAAAUGUCAGCAAGGCAACAUAUUGCCGAAGUCACUGGGCGCAUAGUGCAUUUGAGAGCUGGGACCGACAAUGUGGAGUUCCAGGGUAGACAGCUGGAGACACAGAGCGUCAUUUUUGAGGAUGCCAGCGGAAAAAUUCGCCUGCAAUUGUGGGAAUCUCAAGUUGGCGUGGUUUUAUUUGGAAAGACUUAUAAAUUCUCCAAUUUGAGCACCCGGGAGUUUCAUGGUGAGCUUUUUGUAACCACUACACGUCAAUCGACUAUUGAGGAGGUUGGACCUUUGUCAGGUAUGGGUGCAAUUGUUCCCUGUGACGUCAGAGAGGAUCCAGUUAUUUCUCUGUGUGCCGAAAUAAUCAGAGCGGAAGUGACUGUGUCCCGUACUUGCGGGAACUGCAAGUGUUCUCAAACGGACUUUGACUCAAGAAAGAAGUUCCAUAGAUGCAUGAAGUGCAACAUGCUGCAGAAGACUGGAAUGUAUACGGCCAGUGCCAUCGCUAAUGUAACUGUAGUUGGCGAUUCCGGAGAGCUUAAUGUUUGUAUCAACAAUUCUGUGCUGCACAGGUUUUUACGGAACGGUGACAUAACUCAUCUGCUGCAGGAUGCUCAAGAUAUGGAGGAGCAUUUGUUAGAAUGUGGUUUCCUGAAACUGCACAUUCAGAACAACAAUGUGGUCGCCAUGGUGAAGGCACCGGAGCAAACUGCGUCUGAGGCAUGCUCCUCUAAAUCUUCCGUGUCUGGAUCAGCUGGAGUGCAGUUUGUGUCCGCAACAGGUGACUUGGAGUUGCUGUGUGCAGCAGAUGAGGUGGAGUCUGUGUGUGCAGGAGGUGCAGCAGAUGAAGCAGGCCUGGCGUGUAGAACAGGUGAAUUGGAGAUUGUAACAGGCGCAGCCGAGGCAGUAUGUUCUACAGGUGAAUCCGAGAUGUAA